AUGCUUCCGACGGUGGAAGAGAGCCGGGGUUACGAUUUCCAAGACCCCGAGAAUGUUGACAAAUGGAAAGGGUUAUUUCUCAACUCGUUCCGAAAGAUCUUGGAAAACCUUCACCCGACAUUGACGGCUGAGGAGAGUGGUUUGGAGUUUGUGGAGUCUCUUUGCCUGCGCCUACUGUCUAUAUUAUGUGCUAUCCCAGCUCCAGUUACUAUACAGGACGUAGAGGAACGGGUAGCUCACACAUUUCCAACUCCACUGGACAGAUGGGCGCUCCAAGAGGCGAGGGAUGCGCAGAAACGGAGGAAGUUGCUGCUACCGGCCGAUAAGCUUCAUCAGUUGCUCCAAAAGGAAGUCCUCCCACACAAAAUAGACCCGUCGGUGACAGGGUUCAUGGUAGGGAUAUUGGAGUACAUAAGCACUGAUGUCCUAAGGCUGUCUGGGACAUUUGUGAAGAAAAUCUCGCAGAAGUCCGGAUACCUCGUCAUAACUAGUAGCGAUAUUAAGACCGCUAUGUGCGCUGAUAAGCUCCUAAUGGAUAUGUUCUACCAAGAGUCGGAGCUAGCUGGCGUGGCGGCUGGAGUAUCCGCCCUGGAUAGAGGACGUAGAGCAUCUCUCACUUAUGGGGAACUGGUUCGAGAUCUCCUCUCUGACGAGAGAAACUUUCUUCGGGAUUUGAACCUUAUUAUCAGAGUGUUUAAGGAUGAAAUUGAGAAGAUACUGUCAGAUACGAGGACGAUAUCACUGAUAUUUGGUAACAUAGUGGAUAUCUACGAGUUGACAGUGACCCUGCUGGGGAAUCUGGAGGACGCAAUGGAAAUGUCCCAGGAUUCCCCGCAGCCCUAUAUCGGGAGUUGUUUCGAAGAAUUAGCGGAGGUAGAAGAAUUUCGCGCCUACGUCCGGUACGCGAAUAUAGUCACGAGGAAAGAGUCGCGAGAUGCACUGCAGAAGAUUGUAGAUGAUCCAGAGUACUCCGAAAGGCUAGACACAGCUGGCCACGGGUUCCGCUUGGCCGUCAAAUACUACUUGCCGAAGUUACUGCUCACGCCAGUUUCUCACGUUUUCCUCUACCACAGCUACGUGCUCGCUCUACUGCAAAUAGCACCCACGAGCGAUGACAGGGAGAGUUUUAAGCAGGUUGAGUGCAAUUUACAUCCUAUUAAGAAAUUACUGACAAAAGCAUUGGGAAACGGGCCGAAAAUUGACACGGCGAUUCGAGGUGCGGCUAGAGCGAGACGGCAACUCGCGAUAGAGAAGUGCAACGAAUUGGGCAAGGUAAUCGACAACUGGGACACUAGGGAUGUGCCGCAGUGCUGUAACGAGUUCAUUCGAGAGGACACACUCUCCAAGCUGGGUCCAGGCAAACGAGUGGCCGAAAGAAGAGCUUUUUUAUUCGAUGGUCUUCUGCUGCUCUGCAAACCAUCAACUAGCAUCGUCAGUGUGACGGUGAAUAGCAACGCAGCAGCAGGUGGACCCCAGCAGUUGAAAUUAAAAGAGAAAUUGCACAUACGGAAGUUGGAAAUCGUCGAUAAACCUGACUGUGAAGAGGGCCGCAACUUGAUGGAGCUUUGCCCACGCGUGGGUGGACCAGUGGUGCUGUCAGCUGCGUCUGGGGCGGAGAAGCGAAAUUGGAUGUGCGAUCUCGUCAUGCUCAAUACUAAGCCGAUGCUGGAUAGGAGUCUGGACAGUAUAUUACUCGAGCUGGAACGACGGCAUCCCCUAAAAUUGCCCCCGGUGGCACUGUAUCGCUUCGCGGAGCCCGAUUCCCCCGAUAACAUCGUCUUGGAGGAAAGGGCGGGGCCCACGCCACUUAUCAAGGGUGCAACGCUCCUCAAGCUAGUCGAACGCCUCACGUACCAUAUCUACGCAGAUUUGAACCUCGUACGCACAUUCCUCACCACCUAUCGCUCGUUCUGCUCGCCUGGAGAGCUGCUCGACUUGCUCAUUGAGAGGUUCAACAUCCCUGAACCCAGCGAGGUCUACGACACGCCGAGGACGUCGGAAUGCGUCGAAGAAAUGUCCGCCAGCAGCGACGCAGAAAAGCUCAGCAAAAACACGGCUAGAGAGGACUGGAAGCGAUAUAGGAAAGAGUUCCAACAGCCUGUGAAAUUCCGUGUGAUAAACGUCCUGCGACAUUGGGUGGACCAACACUUCUAUGACUUCGAACGUGACCCGGCGUUGCUCGACAAAUUAAAAGAUUUCCUAGAGUCCGUUGAUGGGAAACCGAUGAAGAAGUGGGUGCAGAGUGUGCUCAAAAUUGUACAAAGAAAGAGUUUCACUGGAGGCGACACUGACAGCAUAGCGGGUGGUGUUGCCCACGUGUUCGAUCGCCUGCCCCCCGCCACCUGCCGACACGUGGCCGACCCGGACAGAUACAACUGGCACCCCCUGGCGUUACAUCCGCUCGAGUUGGCCAGACAACUCACGCUGCUCGAAUUUCAACUCUAUAGACAGGUUAAACCUUCAGAACUAGUGGGAGCAGUGUGGACGAAGAAAGAUAAAGAGAAAACUAGUCCCAAUUUGCUGAAAAUCAUUAAACACACGACGAAUUUCACUCGAUGGAUGGAGAAGUGGAUAGUGGAGAGCGAAAACGUAGAGGAGAGAGCUGGAGUGGUGGCCCGGUUCCUGGAGCUGGCCAUUUGCUUGCGCGACCUGAAUAAUUUUAACGGUGUGCUUGCUGUCGUCGCUGCGUGCGGUAGCGCUAGUGUGCAUCGGCUGAGAAACACUUUUCAGAUGGUUCCACUCCGUCUACUCCGAGCGUUGGAGCAGUUCCGCACUCUCAACUCGGACCAUUUCAAGAGGUACCAGGAGAGAUUGAGGAGCAUUAACCCGCCUUGCGUGCCCUUCUGCGGGAUCUACCUCACGAACAUACUGCACAUUGAGGAGGGAAACUUAGAUUACCUACCAAACUCACAAUUAAUAAACUUCUCGAAGCGAAGAAAAGUGGCGGAAAUAACUGGCGAGAUUCAGCAAUAUCAGAACCAACCCUACUGUCUCACCGUUGAGCCCCGGACUAGGAUGUUCCUCGAAACGCUGGACCCAUUCCCCAGCAUCGACGACAACGAGGUGACGAACUACCUCUACAACAAGAGUCUCGAAAUCGAACCGAGACCGCCGGCGAAGCCCACGCCCAAAUUCCCCCGAAAGUAUCCUGAGCUAUCUGUGAAACCGGUGAAGAUGUCGCGACGUUCUCACGAGCACCACCACUCCUCCACCAGCAUCUCGAGUAACGAAGACACCUUGAGUGUAGCCCAGCUGUCGCCGACUAGUAUCAGCACGUGGGAUGGCGCUUCUCUAGCUUCUCUUCCAAUACACCAAGACGACAGAGGCGAUAGAUCUCUAACGAGUCCCCGAUUGGAGAGAUCCAGCUCCAGCUCUCUGGCUCAACUAGGACAAUUGAGCCUCUUCGACAAACUUGCCUUCUUCGACAAGAGCAAAUCUUUCGCUACACUAAACAGCACAAGGAAUAGUAUGUCAGCCAGGGAUGAACCGCCUUCGCCUAGAGACAAUACUUCGCCGAGGCAUGAUCGCUGCAACAGCACCACCUGUGUGUCCAACAAUAUGGCCAGCAGUAUGGGCACGAUACGGUCCCGGGGCGCGGCGCUGUCCCCCCGCGGGGCCAUCGUCGACGCUGAGCUGUUCUACUCGCGCAGCAUGGACCACCUCGCAUGCAAAAGAAACGAUCAGCAGGAGCGAGUACCACCUCUGCUACCUCGGCAUAGCGUCUUAUCUUCCACGAUGUCACUCGCAGACCACGAGCCUCCCCCACCUCCGCCGCCACCACCCCACCAUCACCUGCAUGCUUUAGGGGCGUCAGAUGCUACUGAAAAUGAGAAACCACUUCCCAGCCCGAAGCACCACGAACUAUUUAGAAGUCCAGCGAUGUCGCCUAAGCGUUCGCCUGCGCCCGCGCCGCCACAGCCAACGCUUCCCACAGUCAGCCCACUACAUCAUGAAAGACCGCCAACGUUUAGCUUCCCCUCGGCGACCUCUCCGUCGUCUUUACAACAAUGCGAGUCAAGUUCCUGUGGCACUCCACCCCCCCUGCCCCCAAGACGGCGAAGGGACUCCGCCGCCACUCCCACUUUACACCAUGGCUCCUGGCAGGACAAUUCCCCCUCAUCGACAGCGGUCCCUAGCACUAGCAAUAGCCCCCCGCCUCUGCCGCCACGUCCUCCGCCAGCUCCAGAGCUACUCCGCCCACAGAGCUCCGCCCUACUGCAACGGAGACAUCACAGUGCUGGGCUAGCCCCGAGACUGCCGCCGAAACCGCCCCCGCCAGCAGUAGCGCCGCGCACCUAG